GGAAAAACAGGAGUGGAGGUAUGAUGAGCACAUUCUUUCCGAAAGCGAUAAAAAGGUUCGGUAUUAUACUGCUCUUACAAAGCCAGGGAAGCGAUAUAGUCGAUAUAGCAAAACCGUGGCAAGUAGCUUAAGUGAGAACGAUCAAAGUCAAACAGGUGGACACGACAGCAAGGAGAUCAUCGUCGACCAGUUAGAGACGAACUAUAGCGAUGGACCUGAAGUAAGCGUGAUUUGCGUUUCGUACGUCCAAACAACGGUCGAUGGGCAGCGCCAUUCGAUCGAUGAGGUAAUCUUUGAGCACCAAUAUGACCAUAAUCUGUCCGGCGGAGUAGAAUUCCCGCAGUUUUGGCGAUGGA